AUGACUAAACGUAUAAACCUCUUUUUUAUUCUUGCCUUGGCCUUUGCUUUCAUUUCCACCUCCAUAAACGGAGCCUUUAUUGUAAAACGAGAUCCAUAUGUGAAGAAUGGAAUUGCCAAAUUUAACAAUUUUGGAACAUGCCAUAUAGACGGUUAUGUCUCUUUUAACCAAUUUGAAGACGACUAUGUUAGAAUCACUGGUCAAUUCUGGAGUGGAUUUCCUUCGCUAGAUACAAAAUCUUAUCGAUUUCAGAUCUGGACGACGCAGAGUACAGGAGGAAUUCUUGAAACAAAAUUGAAACCACACUUUUAUGUUGCCGGUGGUGCCACAUCGUGGUUUGAACUCUACAACUCUGAUAUUACACUUGAUGAUAUUGGUUUUCCGGGAGCUGAAAACGUUGCUAGUCUGUGGCUAAGAAUUUAUCAUAAUGCUGAUUUAUUGUGUGGUAGUCAAAUAAAGAUAACUUAA